AAAUAAACUUACAGUCCGUGGGAAUCCCAUUUAUGUACCCUGCUGGCCAUCGUCAUUAUCCUAUUAUGAUCUCGCCAUCUAUUAUUUAUCUACUACUAUGUUAACUACUGUCUACGAUUUAUCUAUGCUAUCUACUAUAUUAUCUACCGUCCAUCUAUUAUGUUAUCUACUAUCUACAAUUUACCAACUAUCUAUGUAUUUACUAUUAUCUAAUUAUCUUACUAAUACACUUAUUUUAUUACUUGCACUUAGGUUGAUUCGAACUAGGGACUUAGACUAUAUACUCUAUGGUAACAUUAGAUACGGUCCGUAAUCAAAAC